CUCCUACUUCUUCCACGACUGAGUUUGAUUCACAUUACAUCGUCUGCAAUCCCGCUACGGAGAGGUGGGUCGAGCUGCCCCCUCACCCGAGGGCAGAGUUCAACAGUAUUUGCAGAACACCUCGUUUGGCUUUCGACCCUGCAGUCUCGCCCCAUUUCCACGUUCUUGAGUUUGAGGAGACCGACCGGAGGAAACACAUCACAGGACUCAACAUCUAUUCCUCCAAAACUGGAGCCUGGAAUCAUAGAGGGAGCGAGUUGGGUGAGGAAGUUGCUCUCUUCUCCGGGAUUACAAGUGCUUAUCUUGGCGGUAUGCUGCACCUGCUUGGCAUGCUGCCCAUGAACGACUUUGAUUCUGUGCUGGUGGUGGUGGACAUGGAGGGGAAGGUGUGGAAGACUAUCCAUGUGCCACAUGGUUUUAGUUUUGGUACACUCUUUGGUACGAUUGCAUUGUCACAGGGGUGCUUGCACUAUGCUAAUACAAUCCAAGCUCCUACCAGUAAGAAAAUGAAGAAGAAGGAUGCAUUAUCGCUGGCUCCGAAGAUAGCUCUCUGGUACCUGGAGGAUUAUGAUAGCAAAGAAUGGGUACUGAAGCAUAGCAUUAGCACUGAUAAGCUGUUUAGCAGAAAUGUGAUGGAGUUCAAGGUGGCUGCGAUUCAUCCAGAUUGCGAUACUGUGUUCUCGCUUUCAUGUGAAACUGGUAGAUUGGCAUCAUGUGAUAUGCGGCGUCAGAAAUUUCAUAUCCUUAAUCUUGAGAAAAGCAUGACAUGGGAUCUUCUACCAUAUGUUCCUCUGUUCUCAGAUUCAUUAGCAGAAGCAGUUGGGCAGUAGUGUUACCUUCAAAUCCAGACUCGUGCUUCCUCCAAGAACUUGCUGAUUUUCUGGUUGAUGAAUUAUUGUCUGUGCAUUUCUGAAUGUACUUGAAUCACGUCGUUCAAUUUUCUUAUGUCUACACAACUGCCAGCUUGAUUUUCAGUACCGAGCAAUGCCUGGUGACCGUCGAUAUUAAACAUAUUUGUCUUUUCAAAGAACCUUGUUACUCUUUUUCUUUGCCUAAUUUUGUUCUGAACAUGAAUUAAUUCCAUGGAGCUAAAUGAUAUUGUUGUCUGGCUUUGUAGUCUUGUUCUUACAUGAUUAUCCUAAUGCCACAAUGUAUGGGUCCAUUUA